UCCAAUAGCGGUGGGUAAAAAUAUUUGCGGGGGUGCAGAGCUGCGGAAAGAUUAGAAGCCUAGCCGCAGCAGGAAGUACAGUCUUGAGUGAGAGGCUAGAAGCAGAUGUAACAGUUUAGCAGCAGUUCAGUUUGAGAUGCGGUGUAGAGAGGUAACGUGUUCAGCUGGAGAAGACAGGAACUUUGAGACACUACACACCCUUGGAUUUUGCGUAAACCUAAAAGUUAUACAUUGGAUUGGGAUUUAGAAUAAUUCUGGCCUCUGUAUAUGUUUUAACCUCUGGGAUUUCUCUAGUUUCAAAGGUUGUGUGUUUGGGUCAUGUCUCCAAACAGAACCACUGACCUCCUCUGGACAAAAGCUGAGAUCAGCCUGCAGCGGAAUGUAGGAUGUCGCCAGAGCUAUUUUGGCUAUGUGCAGCCACUAAUGAUUGUGAUCGCAAAGCACGGAGCAGUUGCUUUGCUUUGAUUUUUUUCCGACCAACAACAUUUAUCAUGCAGCACUUCCCAGCGCUGCAGGUAUUAAAGAGUUAAACGAAUGGCACGCUGGCUUCGUUUGGACUUUGCAUCAAGGAGAAGCAACACCGACCCUCUGUCAGAGAGUCGCAGCAGACAUGGUGAAGAGAGUGGAGUCAUUUUGUCAGCUGGUAGCCCCACAGAAAGUCUGGCACACAGUUCUUUACACUUCAAGGUGACUUCGCUGUCACCAGACUAUGAACAUUUACAGAGAUAUUCUUCAAUAUUCAUACCAAAGGUUAACCCUGGAGGAUGUAGUAAAAAGAGUGUUCUUCAGAUCUCACUACAACCUUGCAGCAAGUUCAGCAGAGAACUAGAAGACUCCUUGGGGAAUGGAGACUCUGGGAGCACCAAAGGGGGAGCGAUUACAGGCUGUGACGGGAGUUCCUGUAGCAGCAGUAUGGUCAGCGAUGCCGGGUACUGUAGUAGCAAUAGUAUCUUUGACCCAGAGACUCCAGAGAAGCGCACAACCACUCAAGAGAAGAGUGUUCCCUGCUGCAAGUCUAAGGUACCUUUAAGACGCUGUUCCUCCUUGGUUAUCUUAUCCAAGAGCCCCUGCAACACACCACCUGCUUAUCCAGUAAGCCCAGUUCCCUUUCCUGCUCCACUGGCAACAAGAGCUCCUCUUCAAACACCUGCCACUGAUUCCUCAAAGGAUAAGGAGAAAGGUACCUGGAAAGAUUCUGACACUCUCUUAAGUGGCCCGCAUUGUCCAGAAGAAAACCCUAUGAGCGAGUGUCUGGACACAAAACAUAUGGUACACUUAAAUAUUCCUUUACCAGACAAACUUAAACAUAAAGUGAUGGAUGGGAGUAAUGUGAUGGAACAGUCUUAUUGUCGCUUAAGGAGCGUUCUCCUGCACUUUGCCCACCAGAGACCAGCAGCAUCAUUAUGUACCGUCAAUGCGGAAUAUCCUGAGGACCCAUACCCAAUUUCAUAUCCGGAGGCAAAACGGGACCCUAAAAAAAAACUGUAUCGUAGUACUUCAGCUUGUUUAUUCUCCUCCACAAAACCACCAGAGAAAAACUCAUGUGCAUUAGAAAACCAGUGGAAAAGGUCAGAAGAAAACCAGUGUCAUCGUGCCAUACAACGGAGCUUUUCUCUGGAAGUCCCCUGCGCAAACACUGGGAUUUCAUGUCAUGUUUCAAAUACAAAACUUGGUAUUCCUUGCUCUCCACACGUGCACAUUCAUCUGUCUCCAUGCUGUCCAGCCAAGUUGCCUAGCUUGGUUAAUAAUGCAAACGCAACCUGCAAAGGAAACAUUACCACAAAUAACUUGGCUCAAAGUGCAAAGACACGUGAUGACUUUCUGGGACAGGUGGAUGUUCCCCUCAAUCAGAUACCAACAGAAAAUCCCAAUGCACAAAGGCCAUACUCAUUCAAGGAUUUUCUGCUUCACCCCAGAAGCCACAAGUCCAGAGUUAGGGGCCAUCUGCGACUCAAAAUGACCUAUAUGCCAAAAAACCCAGGUUCUAAUGAGGAAACAACAGAUCUAAUUGAUGAUACGGAUCCUGAAUGGGAAUUGUUGGAACCUCAGGACAUGUCAGGUCCCAUGCACUGCCACCCAGCGCCUGCUCUGCCACCAGGCUGGGAGGAACGUCAGGACAACUUGGGAAGAACCUACUAUGUCCACCAUGAGAGCAGAACCACACAGUGGCGACGACCAUCAUUACAGGAUAGUAGCACGGACACUCUAAGGCGACAAAACACGACAAGGCAGAGGGAGCAGAUUUAUCUCACACGCAGACAAAUCUCAGACCCUGACGAGGCCACUGCACAAAAUGGGAACUCUGAGGUUUUUCAAAAUGAUGCCGUCAAUUUACGAGAGGACAACCAGCCCACAUCACCGCCACCACACCAGCUGUCCCAGGAGUUGCUGGAGUUUGAGGAAGAGCUAACAAACAUGCAUAUUACAGGGGCCACAGCAUUAGACCACCGCGUCUCUCAGAUAGAUCAUGCUUCUAAUCCGAUCCAUUCCAUUCAAAGGCAUAGUUUUCACACGACGAGAGGAAUGGCGGUUCCUGUUGAUACCAUGCUGCUUGCAGCCUCUCUGAAGCUGCCUCUUGGAUGGGAGGAGAAGAGGGACAGUAAAGGAAGACGCUACUAUGUAAACCACAAUACUCGAACAACCUCUUGGAUACGACCCAGGAAGCAGAAAGUGGAUGCAACACCACCCUCACAGAGUAGUGUUAGAAUGCCAUCUGUACCGCCUGCGUUCCUUGAGGCGUCUCCCCAGCACACCCUGCACCCUGAGGCCACACCUGAUUCUGGCUCCAUGCCAGUUGGUUGGGAGGUUCGCAGCGCUCCCAAUGGAAGACCUUUUUUCAUUAACCAUGCUACAAAGACCACUACCUGGCAAGAUCCAAGGCUAAGAAUUCCUGUUCAAAUGAGGAGGAGACCCUCACUGGACCCAUCUGAUCUCGGCCCAUUGCCACCUGGUUGGGAGGAGAGGGUCCACUCGGAUGGGAGGAUAUUCUACAUAGAUCACAACACCAAGAUCACACAAUGGGAUGAUCCAAGAUUACAGAAAUCAGAAAUAACUGGACCAGCAGUGCCUUAUUCCAGAGAUUAUAAACAGAAGUAUGACUACUUCCGCAAGAAACUAAAGAAACCGGACAACAUCCCAAAUCGCUUCGAGCUUAAGGUGAGGAGAAAUGCGGUGCUGGAAGACUCCUAUCGUCAAAUCCUCCUAGUGAAGCGGCCAGAGUUGCUGAAGGCCAAACUGUGGGUGGAGUUUGAGGGAGAAAAAGGUUUGGACUAUGGAGGUUUGGCCCGAGAGUGGUUCUUCCUCAUGUCCAAGGAGAUGUUCAACCCCUACUAUGGACUCUUUGAAUAUUCUGCCACGGACAACUAUACGCUGCAGAUAAACCCGAACUCAGGUUUAUGUAAUGAGGACCACCUGACCUACUUUAAGUGCAUUGGCCGUGUGGCAGGCAUGGCUGUGUUUCAUGGUAAACUGCUUGAUGCUUUCUUCAUCCGACCUUUCUACAAGAUGAUGCUGCAGAAACCCAUCACCCUCCAGGACAUGGAAUCUGUCGAUAGUGAAUAUUUUAAUUCACUGAAGUGGAUUUUGGAGAAUGAUCCGACUGACCUGGAUAUGAUGUUCAGCAUUGAUGAGGAGCUCUUUGGACAGACUCACCAGCAUGAGCUGAAGCCCAACGGUGAAGAUAUUGUGGUCACUAACGAAAACAAGAAUGAAUAUAUCGACCUGGUGAUACAGUGGCGCUUUGUAAACCGGAUACAGAAGCAGAUGACUGCCUUUAAGGAUGGUUUCUUUGAGUUGAUCCCUCCAGAUGUAAUCAAGAUCUUUGACGAGAAUGAGCUUGAGCUGCUGAUGUGUGGUCUGGGAGAUGUGGACGUGAACGACUGGAAAGCAAACACAAAGUACAAGAGUGGCUACAACUCCAACCACGUCGUUAUCCAAUGGUUUUGGAGAGCAGUACUGCUGAUGGAUGCAGAAAAACGAAUUAGGCUCAUGCAGUUUGUGACUGGAACCUCCAGAGUCCCAAUGAAUGGCUUUGCAGAACUCUACGGAUCUAAUGGGCCACAGCUGUUCACCAUUGAAUUGUGGGGAACGUGUGACAAACUGCCCCGAGCCCACACAUGCUUUAAUCGCCUGGACCUUCCACCUUACAAAUCCUUUGAGGAAUUGAAGGAGAAACUUCACAUUGCCAUUGAGAACGCACAAGGCUUUGACGGUGUGGAUUAGUGAAUUAACGGAUGGUAUUAUUUAACCAAGUGCAGCAAAGCAGUGAUGAAGUUGUAAAAUGAAAAGAAAUCACAGCCCUGGGUCCUAAUCCUGCCAGUUGUGGCACACAUGAAGGACGGACACAUACAGUACAGUAGCCCCCAGUUUGAUGGUCUCUUUGGGCACUUGUGAAGAGGGGACAACAGUAUCUGGAGACGUUUCAUCUACGCUGGUGUUCUGAAGUUUACAAAUCAUGCUCUUUUGAUUCUUUAAUGAAAAUCAUCUCAUGUCAAAUGGCCAUGUGGCAAACAUCAACUGUGACAUCAGAGUUGUAUUAAUUAGGAUCCGUGAACAAAACUGACCUAACCACUGAAUUUGACUUACCAUUAUCUGUCCAAUCAGGUUCUAUUUUAAACAGAGAGUACUUGGGGAUGUUCCGAUGAGGUUUUAAUGCUGCCCAUUCCGAUACUGAUUAUUCAUGAGUAAGCUCGGCCGAUGCCGAUCACAUAGCUCUCCAAGUUCCAUCAUAAUGACCAAAAUUAAAAUACUAUAACAAAGUAGGCCUAAGUGUUCAUUAAAACAAGGCAGCACUUUUAUUUAAUAUUUUUGGCCACUGUAAUAUUACGCACAGUUUGAACAGUAACACUGUGUUUGAAUAUAGGAAAAAAAAGCUCUGUACUUUAAUCAAGCAAAUAUUUGGUUUACUACUAGAUGGAGCCAGCAUCUAGAAUCCCUUCUCUAUUACAUAUAAUUGUUUAAUCCAAACUAAACUAAGAGUACACAAUGACUUGAUAAAAGCAAAAACUACUAUCUCCUAUUUUAGAUAUUUUUUUUAUACUGAUAUUACCUUUGGUGUCGACACCCCCAAUUUAUGGAUUGAUCCGCCCUUACAUGUUGUUCCCCUCUGGCUGUGAAAAUAAAGACACACCACCAGUUGUUAUAUUAUACUUUCUCUAGACUCGUAUUAACCUACCAAUUUAAUUAUAUGUUAUUAGCUGCUUACACACUUCCAUCUAGACCAAUUUUAAUAAGCACUUAUCUCUUGGUAUUGUUUUAAGAUAGCUUGGCGGUUAGCAUAGCGAUUAGCAUGUUUAGCUUCGUCCUCCAGUUAUAAUGGUACUCAAGAUAACAAGAAAUGCGGUUUAUUUGCCGCAAUCUAGGUGAUUCCUAUUAUCUUAGCGACGCGGCUCCACACUGCCAGUCAGGGGGAUCCAAAGGCAUUAAUCGGCAACGGUAUACAUAUUUGCCAUAAAAAUCUUCUGAUACUGUUUGGUGGCCAAUCGAUCGGCACAUCCUUCGAAAGUACAUUUAAAUCACUUUGUUUGGUUUAAAUAUGUGGGCAUAAUCACAAAUGAUUUUGAUUCAGCUAGUUGUUUUUUAGAAGUCUUGUCCUUUUGAUUCACUUUUUUAAUCGCGGAUGGCCAUGAUAAAUAACUUGGGUCCAGGUGACUGAAUCACCGCCCACUUACCUGAUGUGGUAAGCCAUUCAAUUAACAGACAUUUAUAACAUUAGUGCCAUGUUAUGUAAUUUAAAUGUAAUCCAACAUGGAAGCAGUUUUUCUACAAAAAAAAAUGGAUAUCUUAACAGGAAACAUGAACUUGUGAGUCAAGUGAUUUCUAUUAAGUUUUAUGUAUGCUUUUUACGUGAUUCAUUCCAGUACAGUAUAGCCUCAAUUUACGAGCUCUACACUUAAUGUAUCGCAAAUCAACAUCACCACGUCCACUUUUUUCCUCCCCUUGGUUGUAAAACAAAGUUAUGUCCAUCUCUAGAUAUAACAGGGGUGUCAAACGUACGGCCACAGGUAUUAUCCGGCCUGCGGGAUGAGUUUGCUAAGUACAAAAAUGAGCCGAAAUCUUUGAAUGAAAGAAACUGCUAUUCUAAAUGUAUCCACUAGAUGUCAUAAUAGCAAUUAUUUGUAUCUUUAUAGAUUAUGCUACAUAUGUAAAAAAAAAAAGGCAAACUUCAUAAAUAACAUCCUUUAAUUUGAUUUUGAUAUUUUUUCAUCUUGAUAGAUUGAAAAAUAAAACCAAUGAGUUGACUGAUGAACAUUAUCACAUAAUUUAUCCAGAAAGUAUAAAUAACAACAAAUAAAGGUAGAAUAGUAUUAACCGCAACGUGUAAGUGUAAAAAAAACAACAUUUUCUGAAUAUUCUUGUUCUAUUUUUAAUCAAAGAAAACAAUCUAGCUGUGUCUCUAGGCCUAAUUUUUCAUGCCGUGAUUUUACCAGUUCGGCCCACUUGGGAGUAGAUUUUUCUCCAUGUGGCCCCCGAUCUAAAAUGAGUUUGACACCCCUGAGAUAUAAGCUACAGCUAGCAAGUAAGAUCAGAUUGUUGUGUAGAUCUUUCAAGGUUCACUGUGACAUUUUCUUCGCCAACUAAUGGCGGAAUGAUUUUUUUCUUGCGACUUAAAGCAUAAUUUGUCGAGAGACCGCUCUUAUCUCAAAACACUCUUAAGUUGAGGCAAUCUUAUGUCGAAGUACCACUGUAUUUGGUAUUAGACAGUUAUCUGGAGAAUAUGUAUGCCUUAAAACAGACAAUGCUCGGAUUAUGUGCAAGUAAAGCCAAGUAUGGAUUUGAGAAAUGUACCAAUGCCAGGACCAGUUCAAGGCUCAACUAAUAUGUUUUGUGUGCAGGUGCAAAGAGGUGAUUGUGGAGCUUUUGAUGGUGUUACAAUACUAUGCAUCAUUUUAUACAUGUCCAUGGUAUUAAUACAUACACACAAUUAAACUGAUGACAUGUUUGAUGAUAUACAUGUCAUGCAAAUAUACAAAUACUUUUUUUGCAUUUAAUAUUGCACAGAUAAUAUUUUUUUUUUGCUUACACAAGCAUUUCCGACAGCCUGACUGAAUCCUUUGUGCAUACCAUUCUACUCCUCAAGGUUAAAUAGUUUUGAUGGUGUACUGGUACAUAUUGUCUAUUCAGACUGGCUCAUCAUAUCUUGGUAAAAGCAUCUUUUUUAGCAACCUUUUCUGAAUUGUGUUUACACAAGUCCCAUGUUUACUACAGACUUGACAAUGGAGGCUGUUUUAAACGUAUGCUUUUUACAAAGCCAAGCACUUUCUUCACAUCACUAAGUCUUAUCUGAACUGUCUUUGCCCAUCUGUCACCUGCACACUUCUUAAAAUGCUCCUUUAAGAAAACAUUUGUAUGUUUCAAGUGCACCUGUUGAAAUGUUUACAUGUUAACACUGCUGAAAGGAAGCACAUGCUCUCCCUUCAUUUUCUAUUUGGAUGUACUAUCGAUAUUUACUGUGUUUAAUAAUGAAUAGAUCCAUCAUUCAUAUCUGAGUAAUAACGUUUUGUUACUUUGACAUGGAAUUAUGACACCUGCAUUUAGCAAAAAUCCAUGCUACAUCAUGCGUAUUACAAAAGUUUAAAGAGUGGGAUGGCAUGUUGUUCAGUAUCUGCAUUUUGCUGAUUGAACAGCAAACUAAUAGAAAUAUAUUUGACAAAUAAAGGCACGUGGAAACAAUGACAA